CCCGCCCCGCCUCCGGUGUGCGAUGGGGGGCGGGCGGCGGGCUGAGCGGAGAAGAGCGGAGCCGCCACCUGAUCCCAUCCAGGCGCGGAGAGGCGAGCGAACCGGCACUCGGUGCUCAGGGCCCCCGGCGCGCUCCGAUUCGCAUUGGAUUUCGGGACAAGGUUUGGGAGAUAGCGGCGACCACCCCCCACCCGGGUCGGAGGCAGAGCCCGCGGCGCCUCUCAGGAAUACUGGCCCUGCUACCAGAGCCCCAGGAGCCCCCAUGAGUGCCGGCGAAGGGAGUCCUGGAUAGCGAGGCCCUGGCUGGUCCAGGGGUGGGUACCCCAUCAUGCCCCCCAUCCUCCAGCACAUGCAGCUGGCCACCAAGAUGAUGAGCCGAAGGAAAAUCCUGCUGCUGGUGCUAGGAUGCAGCACCGUAAGCCUCCUCAUCCACCAGGGGGCACAGCUCAGCUGGUACCCCAAGCUGUUUCCUCUGAGCUGCCCGCCUCUGCGGGACUCACCGCCCCGCCCCAAGCACAUGACCGUGGCCUUCCUCAAGACGCACAAGACUGCAGGCACCACCGUCCAGAACAUCCUGUUCCGCUUCGCCGAGCGCCACAACCUGACGGUGGCCCUGCCGCACCCGAGCUGCGAGCACCAGUUCUGCUACCCGCGCAACUUCUCGGCACACUUCGUGCACCCAGCCACGCGGCCACCGCACGUGCUGGCCAGCCACCUGCGCUUCGACCGCGCGGAGCUCGAGCGCCUCAUGCCGCCCGGCACCGUCUACGUCACCAUCCUGCGCGAGCCGGCCGCCAUGUUCGAGUCGCUGUUCAGCUACUACAACCAGUACUGCCCGGCCUUCCGGCGCGUGCCCAACGCGUCGCUCGAGGCCUUCCUGCGCGCGCCCGAGGCCUACUACCGCGCGGGCGAGCACUUCGCCAUGUUCGCGCAUAACACGUUGGCCUACGACCUGGGCGGCGACAACGAGCGCAGCCCGCGCGACGACGCCGCCUACCUGGCGGGCCUCAUCCGUCAGGUGGAAGAGGUCUUCUCGCUCGUCAUGAUCGCCGAGUACUUCGACGAGUCGCUGGUGCUGCUGCGGCGGCUCCUGGCCUGGGACCUGGACGACGUGCUCUACGCCAAGCUGAACGCGCGCGCCGCCAGCUCGCGCCUCGCCGCCAUCCCCGCGGCGCUCGCGCGGGCCGCGCGCGCCUGGAACGCGCUCGACGCGGGCCUCUACGACCACUUCAACGCCACGUUCUGGCGCCGCGUGGCGAGCGCCGGCCGAGCCUGCGUGGAGCGCGAGGCGCGGGAGCUGCGCGAGGCCCGGGAGCGCCUGCUGCGGCGCUGCUUCGGCGAGGAGCCCGUGCUGCGGCCCGCCGCGCAGAUCCGCACCAAGCAGCUGCAGCCGUGGCAGCCCAGCCGCAAGGUGGACAUCAUGGGCUACGACCUGCCCAGCGGCGGCGCCGGGCCGGCCACCGAGGCCUGCCUCAAGCUGGCCAUGCCCGAGGUGCAGUACUCGAGCUACCUGCUGCGCAAGCAGAAGCGCCGGGGCGGCGUGCGGGCCCGGCCCGAACCGGUCCUGGACAAUCCUCCGCCCCGGCCCAUCCGGGCGCUACCCCGCGGCCCCCCUGGCCACUGAGCUCUCCAGUGUCUCCGUCCUACCCUGCCCACGGGGAGUCCUGCCUGGCACUGCCCGCAGCUCCUGCCUCGUCAGGGCCCCUACUGCUCAGUCCUUGAGGCAGCAUCUCCCAAUCUGGGCCUGCCUCCCCAGGGUGACUUGAACCCCGCCUUCGUGGAGGGUGCUGAUAGGCCCGAUCGAGCCCCGGGCCAACCCUUUUCUCCUUCCUGACCGGUUGGUGACUUUAACCAGAGGUCUGGAACCUGUCCGGAACUGCCCACCCUGCCUUUUUCUGUGGGUUGAGCCCUCCGCCCUGACCAGUCUUUUCUAAGUGGGUGAGUCCAGGCCUCACGGAGAGGGGGGCUGAGCCUUGGGAAGGGCUGCUUGGCCUGUCAGCUUCCCGGGACUCCUGCUCUUCCUCCCUGGGGAUCAGAGACCCCCACACCAUCUGUCUUCCAGGUUCCACCCUCCCCACAGACCUAAGCUGCUCCCAGACUCCAGAACCAAGAGUUCUUGGGUUGGGCUUUUUGUUUGGUUGAUUUUCCUUUUUUUUUUUUUUUUUUUUUUUAAUAAAAUAUCUUUAAAAGGCA